AUGUGUUACACCUCAGGGGGCCCAGCCACUCUAUGGCAACCUGUAGCAGAGGAUAGCACCACUGAAGCGAAGGUCGGGCUGGGAUGUCCUCAGGGAGGAGUGCUAUCUCCUUUUCUAUGGGCAGUCCUGGUAGAUACGCUUCUUCAGGGACUUACCGCCGAAGGUUUUUACUGCCUGGGGUAUGCCGACGACAUCGUAGUCGUAGUUAAAGGCUUUCAUGCCAGGACCAUUUCCGAAUGCUCACAAAGGGCCAUGGAUAUUGUGAACACAUGGUACAGGACGCACAAGAGAACCGUCGCCACUUUCACACGAAGACGGGUACUAGAAGACCUCAUGCCACUAACCAUCUUUGGUACAGAUCCCUGA